AUGACGGAAACGAUAGCUGUGCAGCAACACAGAGGUUCGUUCAGUUGGAAUCGUCGACCUUCCACUAGCAAUCGUCGAGCUUCCACUAGCAAGGUCGUCUGUAAGUUUUGGUUGGCUGGGAACUGCAGAAAGAACCCAUGUCGCUUUGCGCAUACGGAUGUUACUGCACCUGUUAAUCGUGUUUUGCGCUUGAAUCGUUCGAGUUUUAGGGAGUCCCAUGAUCAGAAAAAGCAGAAUACAAAACAAGAGAGUGAAGAAUGCAAGAUUAAGAAAAAGAAUGAGGUUAAAGAAUGUCAUCCUGAAGAAAGUGUCUCUGCUGAUACUACAACAGUAGAUGUCGAGAAGUCACAGUGUAAUACUAAGAUAUGUGAGCAUUGGAUGAAGAAUAGUUGUGUUCAUGGUAAAGACUGCAAAUUCCUGCAUUCUUGGUGUUAUGGCGAUGGUAUUACCAUGGUUGCUCAACUUCAGGGACACAAGAAGGCUGUCACUGGAAUCACUCUGCCAGAAAACUCUGAUAAGCUUUUCAGCGGUAGUAAAGAUGGGACUGUUAGAGUUUGGAACUGUCAUACGGGUGAGGUAGGUAUCAUAAGAUUUUUUUUUUUCCCGUACUUUCGAGCUUGCAUUGGUGUAGCUGAUGUGGGUUCACCGGUAGAAAGUCUGAUAAGUGAAGGACCGUGGGUGCUUGCAGGAUUAGUAAAUUCUGUCAAGUACAUCAGCGGGCAAGUGUAUACCAUGGUUGCGGCUAAUGGAAUGCUGUUUGCUGGAGCUCAGGAUGGUUCAAUAUUGGUGUGGAAAUUCAAUGCUGAAUCUUCCUCUUUUGACUCUAUCUCACCACUGAAGGGUCAUAUUGGUGCUGUUGUCUCGUUGAUUUAUGGGGCUAAUAGGCUUUAUUCUGGUUCAAUGGAUAACACGAUAAGAGUGUGGGACUUGGAGACCAUGCAAUGCAUCCACACUCUCGCCAAGCAUUCUGAAGUUGUGAUGUCCGUGCUCUGUUGGGAGCAAUAUCUGAUAUCAUCUUCUUUGGAUCGGACAUUAAAGGUUUGGGCUGCCACUGAAGCAGGAGAACUGGAGGUGACUUAUGAACACAAUGAGGAGCAUAUGACAUUACAAAUCCUCUACAGGUAUUCUUCUCUUCGUGGUAUGCAUGACGCAGCAAAUAAACCAAUAAUGUUGUGCUCAAGCAACGAUAACACUGUGCGUCUGUAUGAACUGCCAUCCUUUGUUGAGAGAGGCAGGAUUUUUUCUAAGCAAGAAGUGCGAGGAAUUCAUGUUGGUCCUGCAGGGCUUUUUUUCACCGGUGAUGGGACUGGUCUGGUGUCGGUGUGGCGAUGCUCAAGUGAUUCAACUGCAUCAUCGGACAAAGCUGCUUAAAACUGAGUAGCUCAGUUUGAUUAUUCAACAAUCCACUUCAGGAAACAGAGAUUUAUUGUUUGCUUCCCCAUUGUAAAUGUAACUACUAACUACAUUGAUACAAUUCACAUGUACAUAAUCAGUUAGUUGGUGUGGUUUACUUGCUUGUGGGUAUAGGUUCCUUUGGAACUUAUAAAAGCGUCUCCUUUGGAGACCACCUGCCUGUUGAGUACGGCUUUUUCCUACCUCAAAGAGGAGGUUUUUGCCAGCAAAAACCUACCCAACAUUAAUUUAUAUUGUAUUACCUUUCUCUAGAAAAUAUAUCAUUGUAAU